AUGAACAUCGCAGCAAUAUAUUCCUUCAUAUAUUCUCUAUGGGCAGUCCCUGCCUUCCUUUUCCCACAGACAGUUCGAGUGCCUACCAAUAGAUCUCAAUAUGAGGUUCACUCAUUGCCUAAUACUUCCUUGCCGCUGAGCUGGGCUGGCCGGCUUCCUGUUCCUGAAACGCCUCCAGGUAAUUCGUUGUUCUUCUGGCUCUUCGAGGCUGAAGAUCCUACAUACGAUGAAAACCUCAUAAUCUGGUUCAAUGGAGGCCCCGGUUGUUCGUCCCUGAUAGGGCUCACCACAGGAAACGGACCGGUCUCGUUUGACGGCAAUUCCACUCGUCUCAUCCAGAACCCACACUCGUGGACCAAGCUAGGCCACGUCCUCUACGUCGACCAGCCGGUAGGAACGGGAUAUUCGACUGCAAGUAACCCUUAUCCUGUCCCAGACCACGACCGCGUCACAUCCGACUUCGACCAAUGGCUCCGGAAUUUCUUCGCCCUGUUCCCUCACCUCCGUAAAAAACAGGUACAUAUGAUCGGAGAGUCAUGGGCGGGAAUCUACAUCCCCUACUUUGCCUCCGCCAUGGUCCAAGGGCAGGACUCGUUCCCCAUCAACCUCUGCUCCAUCUCCAUCGGCGACGGCACCAUCGGGAACGCCGCUGCUAUGUCCACCGUCACAAUCGGGUCAUUCAUGCGUUCUCAGAAAGAGAUCCUCCAGAUCCCAGAUGAGAUCCUAUCCGUCUUCACAGAAGCAGAAAAGACCUGUGGAUUCGACCACAUCCUCGAAGCAGCAAACCAAUACCCGCCCAAAGGCAAGAUCCGCAUCCCCGGAAACCCAGAGAACCGGAACUACAAACGCCACCAGCUCCUCGACGCUCGUAACUUAGUCGAUGAAACAUGCAACCUCGAGCCCACCACACCAGACAUGGUCAAGGCGUCCAUUUUGAAUUCCACCUGCUACGGUCCCUGUGCGACCUUCGCCACGGCUUUCGAUUACUUGGGCGCCAUGUCGGCCUCGGGCACAGGCAAACCGUGUCACGAUAUCUACGACACCCUCAAUGACUGUGAUACCGUCGACCCCCUGGGCCUCCUAGCUCCUACUUCAGCCGUACAGACGUCCAAGUCGCACUGA